UGUUUAUGUUUUCAUGAUGUAAAGCACUUAGCACUACUUUGCUGCUGAAAUUUGCUAUACGAAACAAAUUAAUUUUACUUGACUUCUCUCACCUAAAAUCUUAAAAAUAUCUCCCAAAUCAAAAUUCUAUCUGAACUCUACUAUCCACACCAUAAAAACUCUAUCCAAAACCUGAACUGACAGAAACUCUCCGACAAACACCCACAUGCUGACUAACUACUGAGUCGCUUAAAUGCUUGUCAAAACCCACAGGCAUUCUGAACCACUUCCUAAAUUGGUCACGUGGUACGGCUGGGCAGUUGGUUUUAAGUAAAAAUUUUUAGGUUUUACGUAUGUGUAGCUUCAACAACCUCUGCAGUCACAUACCUGGCGAGCAGAGUGAAAACUAACUGUGCCUUCAAAAGAAAUUUCACCUGAAAUUUCUCCGCAUCCCAGACAUGAUUCGUUGGUGUGUCCUCGUCUGGUCUACUUUCCCCUGCUGUCUGGUUGCAGGACAAACUACAAAAUAUGGACUGCUGGGGCAGACAGCCAUCUUCAAUACAGGCAUCAAAACACAACCCGAUGAUAUUCUGUGGAAGCAUAAUGAAUACAAAGCAGUGGAGUUUAAUGGAAAUGAACAGCUUUCCUUUGGGUCAUUUGAAGGCCGAGUCAGUCUCAACUGGCAUUCUGCAGAUCUGACCAUAAGCAACCUCCGAUAUGAAGAUAGUGGACUUUAUGAGCUGGAAACAUUCACUGACAAUAAAAUAGAUCGUAAAUAUUAUAAACUGGAAGUUAUUGACAAAGUGGCCAAGCCUAACAUAUACUGUAAGAUGAACACCUCUGAUCUAUCUGGAGAAAAGGCCACUCUGACAUGCUCCUCACCAUCCAGUGAUCCUCAGUCCUUACUGACGUUUCAGUGGAGCUCAAACACAACCAGACAUUCUGGACCAGAGUUAAUGAUAUCCCUUGGGGAGGAACAUGACAGUCAUAUGUAUAACUGCACCGUAAGCAACACACUUACUCAAGAAUCCGCUACGUUUAGUGCCAAAGCCUGCUACCAUGAUAACAAAAGUCAAGUUGUACCGAUUGCUCGUAUUGUAGUUACCAUUCUACUACUGAUUAUUGCCCUGACGGUCUGCAUUGUCUUUGUACGACGCCACCAAGGGGACACAGUGGGAUAAAAAUUAAGGGAUGAACUAGAUGACACUGCACAGGUGUGGAACGCAAACAACAUUAGGCCAUCCAAAAUGCAAACGUCCCUAGUGGACAGCCAAGUUUUAGGUAUGCAUUUCUAGAUCUAUAUGGGACAGGAGACUUCCUUUCACCCAGUGAGGAUGGUCAUGUUGAACUACGUGAAAGUCAAUGAGUCUUCACACUGACUGUACCCUGUGAUCCAGAUUUAUAUGAACUCUGCAACAUUUUAAAGGCAGAGUCCCAUCUCAAUCUACCAACUGAUCCAUUUCACGCUGUAAACUUAAACAUGCACUUAAAAUAAUCUGUCAGAGCAUCUCCGUAAAGUCAAGGUAUAGAAAAUGGGUACAGGUGAUGUAAUUGUGAAUGCAACUACUGUUAUUUCAUGCAGAUACUAUCUACUGUCUAGCUUUGUUACAUGUGAUGGCUUCUGUUUCAGAAUUUGGAUGCAACUAUUUUGUCAAUAAAUAUUACUACAUGUAGUAAUAAACAUGAUAUUUGUGUGUGGCAGGGCAAUGGCCCACAAGAAGACACAAUAAAACAGAUGUAUUUGAACAGAUACAAUCAUUGAUCUAAUAUGCUGGCAUGGUUAACAAUUUUAUUUUAUUUUAUUUUACUACCUGUCUGGCUGUGUAGCACUAAGAAUUCUUAAUGAGAGACCAACAGAUUUACAUUCACAAGUGGAGCAAUACUGCUUUUGCUAUAGUGCCUCGCUUGAUGUAUAUGCAAAAAACCUUUUAUUGUAUAUUGUUUUGGGAUUAUCUCAAAUUCAAUGGACACAGAAAUGCAAAAUGCAGUAUUAUUUAACACAAGAUACAUUUAGUGGCUACCAAAGCUAACUAUAGGGUAAAACUGUAAAAUAAAAAUGGUAUCUAUAAACACCUGGA